UAUGAUCCACAAUGAAAUCAUAAUGUGAACCAAAAAAAAAAAAACAAACAAUCAAAUGGAACAAAUUCUAGUCAUUUGAUAAAUCUAUUUCCAUGACGACCAAAAUACAAUAUACAAGAAAUUCAAACGACCAACAACAAUUCGAAAGUUUGAAAAAAGAUCACCAAUGUCAUCGAAAGAAGAUAAUGUACGUGUUGUGGUCAGAUGUCGACCAUUAUUACCGGAUUUAGAAUCAAAUGAAGAGAUUAUUGCAAAAAUUAGAAAUGAUGGCCAAACACUACAGCUAACAAAUCGUCAAUUUACAUUUGAUCGUGUUUUUGGUGCAGAAUCCACCGAGAAUGAUGUCUAUACAAAAGCCGCCAAACAUAUUGUCGAUUGUGUAUUACAAGGUUAUAAUGGUACAAUAUUUGCAUAUGGUCAAACGGGUACGGGAAAAACACAUACUGCCUCAGGAAUAAUGCAACAUAGUUUCGAACAUAUAUUUGAUCACAUAUCGCGAAGUAAAAAUAAUCAAAAAUUUUUAGUACGUGCUUCAUAUUAUGAAAUUUAUAAUGAAGAAAUACGUGAUUUAUUGGCCGGCAAUAAAAAAACAAACAAUGGUAAAAAAAAUGAACGUGGUAACAAAACAUUAGAAUUGAAAGAAAAUUCGGAUGGAAAAAUUGUGAUAAAAGAUUUAUCAAAUUUCAUAGUCAAUAAUGUAAAUGAUUUGAAAAAAUUAAAAGAAUCCGGUGAUAAACAUCGUCAAUUUGGAUCGACAAAAAUGAAUCAACGAUCUAGUCGUUCGCAUACAAUUUUCACUAUUACUAUUGAAACCGAAAUCGGUGCUGAUAAUCCAGAUACAUCUGUAGUACGUGUUGGAAAAUUUCAUCUUAUUGAUUUGGCUGGUUCCGAAAGACAAACAAAAACCGGUACAACUGGUAUACGUUUGAAAGAGGCGGCAAAAAUUAAUCUAUCACUUACAUCAUUAUCAUUGGUGAUAGCCGCAUUGACCGAUCCGAAAGCUACAUUUGUUCCGUAUCGAAAUUCAAAAUUAACACGUAUUCUUUCGGAUUCAUUGGGUGGUAAUUCAAAAACAUUGUUGAUAGCUUGUGUAGGACCAGCAAAAGUGAAUUUGGAAGAAACAAUCAGUACAUUACGUUUUGCUAGUACGACGAAAAAUAUCAAAAAUAAACCAAUAAUCAAUGAAGAUAGUAAAGAUGCUUUGCUGAAACGUUUCGAAGAACAAGUAAAAGAAUUACGUGCACAAUUAGAAGAACAAGAAAAUAAUAAUAAUAAUAAUAAUAAUGUAAAUGAUGAUGAUGCUACUACGACAACAACAUCCAACAAAAUAAUUCCGGCUGAAUUAUUGGAAAAAUUACGUACACUUGAAGCAAAAAUUUGUGUUGGUGGCGAAAAUCUUAUUGAAAAAGCUGAAAUACAAGAAAAAUUAAUCGCCGAAAGUGAACGUGAAUUACAUGAACGACGUGAAAAAGAAUCUGAAUUACGUAAAGAAUUGGAACAAAGACAAGCUGAAAUUUUGGAAAUGGAAGAUUCAUAUGCAUCAUUACAAGAAGAGGUUGUGGCAUUAAAUCGUAAAAUACGAAAAGCAUAUGGCUACCUGAAAGAUGCCCGUUCCGAAUUGGAUGAUAUGAAUGUUGAACAUGAAAAAUUACGUAGUGAACUAUUGGAUUCCAUAAGAAUAUCGGAAAAAGAAUUAAAACUAACCAAUGCAUUGAUUAGCCAUUAUAUACCAGAAUCAUGUUUGAAAUUGAUUGAAGAAAAUGUUAAUUAUAAUCAAUUAACAGGUGAAUGGGAAUUACGUUGUAUAGCAUACACUGGUAAUAAUAUGCGUAAUGAAUAUGAAUUAUUCAACGAUCAUACAAAUGAUGGUGAUGGUAAUGGAUCAAAAUAUCAACAAAUUUUACAGCAUAAUUAUGAUAAUAUCUAUCUAUCAUAUUCAACACUUAAUUUAACCUAAUAAUC